UUUCAAAAUGGCGGAGAAAUUUGAGGCUCUGGAGCAACAACUGGAACUUUUCAUCGAAAAUACACGACAGUUGGGUAUUAUUGUCAGCGAUUUCCAACCACAAGGUCAAAAUGUUUUAAACCAAAAGAUAAACACAAUGGUAACAGAAAUGCAGGAAAUAGAAAAAUUUCGUCCAUUACUCCAAGAUGUUCAUGUUCCAUUAGAAGUGUUCAAUUACAUUGAUGAAGGUAAAAACCCUAAUCUCUAUACCAAAGAUUGUUUAGAAAAAGCACUGGACAAAAAUGAAAAUGUAAAGGGCAAGAUGGACAACUUAAAGAGAUUUAAAGGCUUAUUAAUGGUGGAGUUAACUAAAGUUUUCCCGAAUGAAAUGAACAUGUAUAGAGCUCUAAAAGGUGAAGAUAGACUCAAGUGACAAUGAAUGUCAAGUUAAAUGGAGAUUAUUUGACAGGCAGAGGAUGGUUUGAGUGCAAUAUCUCGGUGAGGCUUGUAGGGGAACUGGUGGUGAUGCCUUAGGUUACAAAUGUCAGACUGAUAAGUAACAUGUAUGGAAACUUGUGAGGAACAUUGAACAGUUUAAAACAUUUCCUUUUUGUUUUAAAAUUUGUUGUUGCCAUUGAAAGUUGGGGCACUUUCAUCAGUAUUAUAUCAGAAUACAGACUGGAGGAUCAUCAUUAUCCUGUUUAAAUUUAUACCCAUGGGGACAAUUCUGAUUAAGCGCUAAUCACAAUAUGAUUCUUAAUCUGGACGUCAAUUUAGACAACUAUUUGCUAAAUGGCAUAUACGGCAUUCACACUUGGGAGGACAUUUUAAAAGAACUUGCAAUGGUGUUAUAAUAUAUUUAUUUUUUCAACCUUUAUACAUUAUUUUCAUAAUAAAUAUUUUUCAAUUCUG